AUUAGGAAAAAAAAAAACCAAAAAGGAAAAGGGAAAAGAAUAUGCUUUGCUCUUCUCAUGAAACAUUCUAUAUCCCACAUUUAAAAUUGAAUUAAAAUUAAUAUGUUCAAACAAAAAACAUAAAAAUUCAACUACUCUAAUAAUAAUAUAGCGUCGGUUGCAAUGAAUCAUCAUAAAUGUUAACAAUAUACCAUCGUUAUCUAUUCGCCCUUCCGUGUUGCUUAUUAUUCUUUUGAAUACUUUCACGAGCUUUUCGUGUUCAUAUUUCCCCUUUUGCCCCUUCUUCUUCUUCUGACAAUCUUUCAAGAACUUCAGAUUUUGAUCAGUUUCAAGAAAGGGAGCAUGAUUUUUUCUUUUAUUACAGCUUUGCUGGCACUUGUUUUAUGCUUUCUUGUUGCAAAGGUUGUUUCUUUCGGUGUUUCCAGCUCCAGAGCUAACGGUAACGGCGUUGCUUGUUCCGUUAGUGAAGUUGCAGUUGCGAAAGAUGGGAUUUUGGAUAAAGGGUUGAGGGUAAGGAGGUCAAAAAGCAAAAAGAAAGUGAAAUUUGUUGAUGAUGAUGAUGUUGUGAUUAAGAGGGUUGAUCUUUAUCAAGGGGGUGAAAAUCUUGCUGAUGAUUCUGUUGGGGGUGUGAUUGUUGAAGAGAAAUCUAGAGAAAAUGUUGAUCAGUUUGUAGAUAAUGAACAAUGUUUCGAUUCCGAUGCUCGAGAUAAAGAAGAGUCGAAAAAAGUCGAAAUGCCGGUAGAGAAAGAGGUUGUUGUUGAAAAUAAAGAUGGGGUUUUUAGUGGGCUGAAUAGUGUAAUUGAUCAAGAGGAGAGGAAUGAAGUGAAAUUGGGGGGGAGUGAUUUGAUAGCUGAUAUAAAAUCGGAAGGAAACGAGGGAUUGAUUGAACGGGAUUUAGAGGAAGAAACGGAAGUGAGUAUUGAGAAUGAGGAUGAUGAUUGGGAGGGAAUAGAGAGGAGUGAGUUGGAGAAAGUGUUUGCGGAGGCUGUUAAUUACGUGGAGUACGGAGGAAAAGGGGAAAACAGAAACGAUGAUCGGUUAGCGAAAAUGGGCAGCGAUGUGCAGAUGGAGUUGUACGGGCUUCACAAAGUUGCAGUCGAAGGGCCUUGCCACGAGCCUCAGCCUAUGGCGUUGAAGGUGUCCGCUCGUGCCAAAUGGAACGCUUGGCAAAGAUUGGGAAGCAUGAACCAGGACGAGGCUAUGGAAAAGUACGUUACUGUCCUUUCGGAUACUAUACCUCAUUGGAUGCACCAUUAUUCUCCCGAUGAAGAUAUUCAAGGUCACCAUAAGUUGGAAACUGUGGAUAAAAUAUCUGUCCCGGAGUAUGAAAGAAACUUGGACAUGAGUGCUGCUGCUAUUGGUGAUUCGAGCACCGGCGGAAGUUCUGUCGAAAAGGAUUCAUGAUUUUACUGCUGGAGCAGAGUUAGGGGGUGAUGAUGCUCUCAACAUAUUGAUGCUUAUUGCAAUAAAUAAAUAAAUAAAAUUGCUAAAUUGUUUUACAUGUUAUGAAUGUAAAACUGCACAUUGUAUUCUUAAAUUAUAUGUUAAUAGUGUUUGUUAUUAACUUAUGUAAUUAAUGUGAAAUUGCUAAAGAGCCCCC